UAUUUGAUCCAAUAACCCUACAAGGAAGGACUUAUGCUCACACAUGUACAAUGAGACCGGCGACCAAACUCGACUCUCUCCACAUUACUCCAGGCAAAGGCAAGAGUUACCAUGGCUGAUGCCAAAGACAUUUGGCUCUGAUAGUGGAAACUGGGAAGCAAUGGUGAAAUGAGGUAAGAAAAUCCGGGGCCAGAAGGUGGACGCAAGUCAUCAACUGCUUUUCCUAGGAACUUGUCUCUUUUUGGAUAAGCGCUACUAAUACCAACCCCAACCUGCUGCCAUAGCCUACCGUCCCCUCCGCCCGAUUCUGAACCCCAUUCAGGCUGGAGCAGCUGCACACACCGCAGGGAGUCUCAUUUGCAGGAGAUGAGUGUUCCCUUGCUCUAUUUUAAUGCUUGCUGCCGGGCCGGGGAAGGAAGAUUUGCCAGAAAUCGUGGAGAACAGCGACAGCCAAGCUUUUUCAAGCAAAGACUAGUCAGCCCAGGAGCAGCGAAUCAUGACUUGCACAGUAUUUAACGGUUCACGUAAACAAGUUUCUCUCCUGCCUGCGUGCACUUUUGGAGCCACCUCCGGCAGACGUGGGCAACGCCGGGGAGGCCUCCUGCCAGGCUCUGCGGGCACGCAGGCAGUACAGCCUCCAGCACCAGAGCCGAGCGCCGCGGGGGAGGCUCUGGGAACCGCCCCUUGCUGAUCCCCAAGGCCAGAGAGGGCCUUAAUAAACACUCCGCCCGGCACGAUAAGAGAGGCCAAGUUCAAACACAGAACGUUCAGCCUGGGGCGGGUCCCGGAAGGACGCCCAGAGAUCCGACCACCAGCCCCCGCCUGGCCCUGCGGCCGCACCCGUUAACUUGCGGGGCCGAUCUGGGUUACUGCGCCUGCGCCCUCCGGCUCCGCCUCCAAGCCGCUUUCCGAGGCCGCGCGCCGGGAGCCCGCCGUCGCUUAGCAACUCGCGAGUCACAGUCGCGGCCUUCCGCGCGCCCUUUUCCCGGCAGGGCUUAGUCCCAGAUCUUCCCGUGAGGCUCCUCGCUGCCUCGUGUCAGGCCGUGGGAGCCCAUGGAGGUAAAGGAGGAUAAGCAGCAAGAGCAUAAAAUAGAAGAUGCUGGUAUAAUGUAUAUAACUGAAAAAAAAGAAGAAAUCAAACAUGACAAAAAACCUGGAAAAAGUAUACAACAUUCAAAACCAUGUGUUGGGAGAGGACGUGUAUAUUACGCGAAAUUCAUUCAUACAAAUGCAAGAACAUUCAAUGAACCAGUUCCCUACAUAGAUCCCAAAAAAGGGCCAGAAAAGCAGGGUGACUGGUGGUCACAUGGUAAAAGACUGGAGCAUCCCUUCCAACCAUCUUAUGACAUUAAGAGCACCCAGAGGAGUGACUUUCAAAAACCAGCAUGUCCAUUGGUUUUGCCAGUCAAACACAGCAAGUUGCAAAAGCCUUCUUGUGGAAUAGUUCCACUUGCCUCUCCUGAUGCAUCAGCAGAACUUCAAAAGAAUUUUAUACAGCACAUCUCUUUUUUACAUCAAUAUGAUGCUAGGAAAAAUCCCAAUGAGCCCAUCCGGGGAAAGCGACAUGGAGCUUUUGUGCAGACAGAGAUAAAACCAGGGAGUAGGCCAAUAGUUCCUACAGGAAUAGAGGUAUUACAGAAUGCUCCAGGGUCAUGCUCAUCAGAAGUGUCCAAAAAAACAGAGAAAGGAAACUCAGCGGAAGGCAAAAUGAUCUCACCAGGUCUCUGCCGACAAAAUUCCCCAGAGCUGUCAGACACUGAAACUCCCUUAGCAGAAACAGAUGUCAGAGAGGCAGCCAAGGCAUGCCCCCGAAGUCCUGAGAGAAAGGAGAGGGUCACAGACAUCUUCCAAGUAACUGCAGUAAACGUUCUUCUCUCCGGGCAUGAUCAUUUCAAUCCACCAAUAAAGAGUCAGGAUAAGUCAGGAUAAAUUACCUUCUUCAGAUAAAAAUCUAAUCCUUGGAAUGGAGAGAAAUUGCAGAAUCAUACAAACCAUCACAGUUGCUUUUUCUGUUAUCAAUAACCUCAAAAAAUUCAAUUUACAUAAAUGGGAAAAUGAAAAAAGACAAUUAAA